UACCAAUUUUAAGGCAUGAAGCAGACUUUUAAUGAAGCAGACUUUUCCCCAUUAGGCUAUGCUCAGCAGUAUGGGGAACUCAGACAAGAAAAACUGAUGCAGCUUAUUUUUAGCCAACAACACGAGCAAGCUGCCUGCAAACAUGCACACAGAGCAGCUCCAGUUAGAGGAUGCUGCUGUUGUGCCAUCGUCACCACGGCUGCUUUGCAAAGGAAGAAGGUCACUUUGAAGCAGGACUGGCUGAUGAAAUUUGGCUAUCUGCCUCCACCGGACCCUGUCACAGGACAGCUGCAGACACAGGAGGAGCUGACAAAAGCCAUCACGGCCAUGCAGCGGUUCGGGGGACUGGAAGCCACGGGGGUGCUAGACGAGGCCACGCUGGAGCUGAUGAAAACCCCUCGCUGCUCUCUGCCAGACCUGGCUGGCUCGGUGGCCAGGAGGAGGCGGCACACGCAGGCUGUGACCAAGUGGAACAAGAGGAACUUGUCCUGGAGAGUUCGCACCUUCCCAAAAGAGUCCCACCUGGGCCACGACACAGUUCGAGCCCUGAUGUACUACGCCCUGAAGGUCUGGAGCGACAUCACCCCACUGAAUUUCCACGAAGUGGCAGGUAACAAUGCCGACAUCCAGAUAGACUUCUCCAAGGCAGAUCACAAUGAUGGCUAUCCCUUUGACGGGCCAGGUGGCACGGUGGCACAUGCUUUCUUCCCCGGAGACCAUCACACGGCAGGAGACACUCAUUUUGAUGAUGAUGAAUAUUGGACCUUCCGUUCAUCAGACGCCCAUGGGAUGGACCUGUUUGCUGUAGCCAUCCACGAGUUUGGCCAUGCCAUCGGCCUGACCCACAUCUCUGCCAUAGAGUCUAUCAUGAGACCCUACUACCAGGGUCCAGUGGGGGAUCCUCUGAAGUACGACCUGCCUUACGAGGACAAAGUCCGAAUCUGGCAGCUCUAUGGAGUCAGGGAGUCUGUGUCCCCCACGGCCAAGCCUGAAGGGAGCAAAACUGAUGACCAUCCUAUCCUGCCAGAGCUGCCAGAGAACCGCUCCACUGUCCCGCUGCAGCGGGACGUGCCGAACAGAUGCAACACUCACUUCGAUGCCGUGGCUCAGAUCAGGGGAGAAGCUUUCUUCUUCAAAGGCAAGUACUUCUGGAGACUGACCCGCAAUAAGCACUUGGUCUCCCUCCAGCCGGCUCAGAUCCACCGGUUCUGGCGGGGCUUGCCGCUGAACCUGGACAGCGUGGACGCCGUCUACGAGAGGACCAGCGACCACAAGAUCGUGUUCUUCAAAGGAGACAGGUACUGGGUGUUCAAGGACAACAACGUGGAGGAAGGAUACCCACGGCCCAUCUCGGACUUCGGGCUGCCACCAGGAGGGAUCGAUGCCGCCUUCUCCUGGGCUCACAAUGACAAGACUUAUUUCUUUAAGGACAACCUCUACUGGCGCUACGAUGACCACGAGCGGAGGAUGGACCCUGGGUACCCCUCGGAGACCAUUCUGUGGAAGGGAAUACCGAGCCCUUUAGAUGAUGCCAUGAGGUGGUCAGACGGUGCAAGUUACUUCUUCAGGGGCAAGGAGUACUGGCGAGUGCUGGACAGCGAGCUGGAGGCUGAGGCUGGCUAUCCGCAGUCCAUCGCCCGGGACUGGCUGGUGUGCAGCGACAUGCAGGCUGACUCCCCAGAAGCAGCCGGGAGCAGCAGGACUGGGGCGCGCUCCAAGCCCGGACAGCACGAUGAGAGCCGCUCGGAGAACGGCUAUGAGGUCUGCUCCUGCACCUCGUCCUCCGAGUCCCUGCGGGCCUGCCCCGUGCUCAGACUGUCUGCCAGCCUCGUGCUGGUGAGCGUGUGGACAGCAGCACUGGUGCGUGCAGCCCUAUGACAUCUCACCCCGCGGGGAAGACAGCGUUGCAGUGCUCCAGGGACUGGAGGUGGAUGCGGUCCCGUGCUGCUAACUGUUGCAAGCAGAAAAACAUUCCUAGGAACAUGCCAGUGAAGGUUUUGAAUUCUCCAUGAGAAGUGAACCGUGGUUGUUUUUUUCUUCUUCUUCUUCUUUUCUUUUUAAUUUUAGUUUAAAGGUCUAACAACAGAUUUUGAGUUCUGCACCUUCUUAUUCCCCCAUCCUGUUAAAGAUGAGAGCAGCCUAACAUUGAAUUUAGAAAUGUCCCAUGCAGAUGUGUUGCUUUGGAUGUUCGAACACCGCAGAUGAGGGAGGGGAGAGCUGCUGUGAUCAGAUGAGGACAGGAGAGGCGGCAGCACCCCGGCAGGAAGGCAGCGGUGCUGUGGGAGCAGCGCGGUAGCUGCGCUGACAUAACGUGCACAUCCCAUUGGAUGUACUAGGUAGAGAGAAACUUUGACUCCACUAAGAUUAACUGCAAGGUGAUCAUUUUACUGUCAAAUCCGCUGUGGUAACUGAUUUCUUGGUAACCUGUAUCAGUUUCUACAGGUCAAAAUCACCUUUGCCUUUCAGAAGGCAGUGCAACUUAUCUUUGUGUCCAGGUCAUUUGAAUUUAACAAUUUAUCUAAUAAACCUUGGCUGCCUACACACAGCUCUCCCGCUCCUCUGCCAGAUCAAGCCUGCCACCUUCAGUAAGGUGCUGACUGUUCAGGCUCGGGCGCAGCCUUACCACCACACAAGCAGCAACUUGCUGAGCGCAGCCUUACAGGUGGGAUGCCACUGCAGCUUUCCCACCAGCCUAAUCCCUGUGCAGGAACUCCUCCGCUCUUGGAGCUUCUGUUCCGUGUUGUUUUACAUUUUGGGAGGGAUUGAGAUGUACGGAGGUACGGAGUUCAGUUGUGGUGCUGUCACACCUGGCUGCACCAGAGGGUGGGCCAAGGUGGGGAGGGAGGGAUGUACUCUUACCGGUGCCUCAGCCAAAGGCUCCGAGCAAUAGAAGUAAGGUCAAGAAUUGCAUUAGAGUGGUACUGGACUUUCUUGCUCCUGUGGUGAGCCCAUGGUGAGUCCUGGGGCAGCCUCUUGUCCCCAGGCCUUCGCUGCACCGGCAUAUCCCAGCCUGCUCAGACCAUGGCUCCUGUUCCUCUUCUGAGGCCUGAUGCAAUUUUGGACCAGGCCCUUUCGGAGGUCCCCUUUGACACCUCUCCCAGUGCAGGAGGAGCCAUUGCCCCCUGACUCCGCCUGCAGAUAAUAAACAUUUCAGUGGCUUUCAAUGUUCCCUUGAAGAACGCAGGUACAAAAUAUUGCUGUUGUGUCUCAUGUCUGUUGGAAUGGAUGGGGGACUCGGCAGCCUUGAGCUGAAGGACAAAGUGUUCCCCUGCACUGAGGUCUGGCAGACCCCAGAAUACCUCAGUGCUCUGCAGAGGAUAAAGGCCCUGUUGAAUGUCUCCAUGAAUUCAGCGUGUAAAGCAGCUGAAAUCCACCGCAAGUGGUGCAUAAUCAUUUUGCCAAGUGCAGGCAUGUAACUGUGCUAGGUGACAUUCAGUCCCCCCUUGUCCCCUCUCUGUCCCUGCUGGCAUCGAGGAUGUCCUGCUGUGCUGCUGGUACAACCUGCUGUCCCACAGGCGUGCUUGCAGUGAUGCUGGUACCCAAAGUAACGGGAUGAAAGCUGAGGAGGACGUUCACUGUGCUGCCAUCACAGCUCUGCCUCCAGUGCAGGCCCCAAGCAGCUGCCGGCAAAGCCGCCCCAUGGCCAUGAUGAGCUUUGGAUGAGGGAUGAUCGCAUCCUAGGACGGAAAUGGCAGCUGGAGAGUUUCCUUGGGAGGUCACUGGUUCACUGUGGGGCCACAGGGGUCAGUGCUGCCUGAGGGUCACUGCCGGAGGGCUGGGGCGAUGCGAGCAGAUGUCCCCAGCACAAAGACACCACUGUAUCGAGAGCCCUCGGCAGCAGGCAGAAAAGGAGCCGAGGGUUUGGGCUGUGCCGGGGCAUCCCUCCAGUGUGGGUGGAGGGCAGGGUGGCUGAAUCGCUCCUCCAGGCCCAGGAGGACACGGAGGUGCCCAGGCCAAACCCGUGGAGGUGGAUGGGGUCAUCGUGCUGCUGCACAGAGCCCCCAUUACAGCGGGUUGGGCCCCCCGGGGGUCACAAUGGUCCCGCCUGGUGGGGCUGAGGGCCCCCGGCGUGCCAGGCGUCAAAACCACCGGGCCAAGACCACUGGGCAAGGCCGAUUUUAACCCAAACCAGAGCUCGGCCCCGGGUGCUGCCUGAAGCCGGCCUGGCCCGGCCUCGCCGCCAGCGGGAGGCCGCGGCCGCCGGAGGGCAGCAGAGCCCCGGCCGCGGCCCGGCGCCACGGAGAGCGGGGGGGAUAAAAGGGGGCAAGGAAAAAUAAAGGAGGAAGAGAAAAGAGAGAAAGGAAAUGAAGAGAAAAG